GUGAAAGAAGGUUCAAAGUCAAGUCAAUAGAAAAGUAAUCAUAAACUGUUUAUUGUCACUUGUCCAUGCUGAUAGAGAUUAAAUCACAGCAUUAUGCAAAGUAUGUAUUAAGAGUAUGCAGCUGAAUGCCUGAAUAUACACAUAAGUAAUUCUUUAGUCCAAAAAAAUUAUUUAUUUUAAAAAAAAAUGUCGUGGGUUUGGGUUAUGUCAUUUAACACCAUCAACAUUAUCCUUAUACCAUACUUGUUGAUUUAUAAUCAUGGAUUAAUUUUCUCCUUGGCUGCUGAUGAUGCUGCAAAUUUGACUUCGUUAGCCGAUAAAAGAGUUGCUGCAGGAUUCAUCAGCAUUGAUUGUGGAAUGACUAGAGAUUCACGAUAUGAUGACGAGACUGGAUUAUAUUUUGUUUCGGAUGUAGAAUUCAUAAACACCGGAAGAAACAUGGAAGUGGAUAUCGACCACACGUAUGGUAGGCUUUGGAAAAGUUACAACACACUUAGAAGUUUCCCAUAUGGUAAUAGAAAUUGUUACACCUUGAAAGCUUCACAAGGGAAAAAUAAAAACUACUUGAUCAGAGCUAGUUUCUUCUACGGAAACUAUGAUGGCCUCAACACCAUACCACAAUUUGAUCUUUAUGUUGGAGUUCAUUUUUGGGCGACAAUAAGCCUAGAUAUAAAAGAAGGGCUAUUUUACGAUCUAAUUUACACUCCACCGGAGGAUUUCAUAUAUGUUUGUCUAGUGAAAACAGGAUCAAGCACACCUUUUAUAUCUACAUUAGAGUUAAAGCCUUUGAACGGCUCAAUUUACAAUUCUAGUGAUGGUGCACUACAUCUACGGAGGCGCAUGGAUGCUGGCUUCUUUUCGAAUACCUAUAUAAGUGUAGCUGAUGAUCCAUAUGAUCGACUAUGGCGCGGAGUUCCAGCUAAUUUUCAGCAGGAUUGGGGCUCUUUAAAUACUAGUCAAUCAAUGGAUUCUACGUUCAUCGAUCGCUAUGAGUUACCACCUUCAGUUUUAAAGACAGUUGCUUUUCCUCUUAAUAGCACUAUCCCCUUAAAUUAUUACUAUAGGAAUAUGGGAUCCUCAAAUACUGGAUUAGUACGUGUUUACUGGCACUUUGCUGAAAUUCAGAAACUGGGAAGCAAUGAAUCAAGAGAGUUUACUAUUUCAAUACCUGGAAAAUAUCAGUCAGAAACGAUUAGUCCUAAAUAUUUGCAACCAUUAACCAUUGUUUCUCCUGUAAUUACAUUGAUUAAUGGAUCUGGCAUUGUGUUCCACAUUACGAAGACAAAAAGGUCGAAACUCCCUCCCAUUCUCAACGCUUUUGAGAUAUAUGAAGUAGUGGACCUCUCAGCAUUACCAACAGACCAGAAUGAUGUCAAUGCCUUAAUGAAUAUCAAGACGAACUACACAGUACCGGCGAGUUGGCAAGGGGAUCCUUGUCUACCUGAAGUUCCUUUGGAUGGUUUAGAAUGCAGCAACAAUGAUCACAAUUCCCCCAGAAUAACUUCUUUGAAUUUGUCUUGCAAUGGAUUGGUCGGGGAUAUACCCCGUUCAUUGUCUGCUCUUACCGCUUUAACCUACUUGGACCUUUCAUAUAAUAACUUUAAAGGAGUUAUACCUGAUUUUUUGGCUAAGUUACCGUCUUUGCGUACCAUAGAUUUGAGAUAUAAUAUGCUCACUGGUUCAGUUCCGGUAGCAUUAAGAAAGAAGGCAAAGGAUGGCUCAAUAAAAUUGAGAUUGGAUGGCAAUCCAGAUCUGUGUAUCUCAAACCACUGCAAGAAGAAGAAUUCAAAGACAAUGGUGGCUUUAAUAAUAUUAUUUGUAACACUCAUCUCUAUUGCAAUAGUAGGAGUAUUGAUCUACAUGCGUAAAAAAAGAAAACCAGUAAAAUACAUAAAAGAUGCAUCAUUAAAGCUAGAGAGUCGGAGUUUCACAUACGUUGAAGUGAUGAAUAUGACAAAUAAUUUUCAAUCAAUCAUUGGCAAAGGAGGAUCUGGAGCAGUUUAUCAUGGCUCCUUACAAGAUGGAACUUCUGUGGCAGUUAAAAUGUUGAACCCAUCAUCCACUCUUAGUUUGAAGUUGUUUCGUACAGAGGCUGGACUAUUAACAAGAGUUCAUCAUAGAAACCUUGUUUCUCUCAUAGGUUAUUGUAAGGAAGGCACAACCAAGGCACUUAUCUAUGAACAUGUAGCUAAUGGUAACCUGCAACAACAUUUAUCAGUUGUAGAAAAAUUUGAUAAAGCACAAAACAAUGCUAAGGUUUUAUGCUGGAAAGAGAGACUACAAAUUGCCAUAGAUGCUGCACAAGGGUUGGAAUAUAUGCAUGGUGGGUGUAAACCUCCAAUAGUACACAGAGACAUGAAAACUUCCAAUAUUCUAUUAGACGAGAACAUGCAUGCCAAGAUAUCAGAUUUUGGCAUCUCCAAAACGUUCUCUAUUGAAAGUACAAAGAGUAAUUUGUGCACUAACGUGAUGGGCACACAUGGCUACAUUGAUCCAGAAUACUAUAGCACUCAAAGACUUAAUAAGAAGAGUGAUGUGUUUAGUUUCGGGGUUGUUUUGUUGGAGCUCAUCACAGGGCAAUCACCAAUUGUGAGAAGCAAUGGUGAACCCAUACACAUAAUCGCAUGGACUACUCCUAAGUUUGAGAGUGGAGAUAUAGAUAUUAUUGUCGAUAAGAGAUUGGAAGGACAUUUCAACACUAACUCUGCAUGGAAAGCCUUGGAGAUUGCUAUGAUGUGUGUAUCAUCUACUGCAAUCCAAAGGCCAACCAUGAACCAAGUGUUAAGUGAUCUGAUUGAUUGUUUUGCCAUCGAAAUGUCCCAAGGCAGAAAUAGAGAGAUGUAUAACCAUGAAUAUGGUUAUCUUACUACUGACAUUGCCAUUGCCGAUACAUCGAUUGAAAUGGGUCCAACAGCAAGGUAGUUACCUGAAAUGAUGUCGGAAAAUCACUUUAAUCUUUGAAAUAGAAGAACUCUUCAAUUGAAACGUAUUAUCAGUAUCCAUGUACUACUAUAUGUUUCUGUAAUUUGAAUUGUGGUGUAUAAGCUGCUAAAUAAGUUCCCAGCAUUGUGAUACUUCUUUAAAGUUUUACUUUAAUGUUUGAAUUGUCAAAA